GAACAAGCCACAUAACAGCCAAUGACAUUAUGAGUAGAUCUGAGGGGGCGGAGACAGAACUCAAGUAGAAGCCGAUGGAGUUUCAUAAAGUCUGUGAGGGCGGGACAAGAAUGUGUGAUGUCUUAAGCAGAAUCCUCACAGUCACGGGGUGGAGAUGUGUUUGUGUCUGAAUAACUGCUCUUCUGUUCUCGCUCAAACUUCCAUUCACGCACUCCUACUCACUCUGUCUGUUCCUUUCACUCAUAUUAUCCUCCACCCUCAUUUAUCCUUAACCUUAUGAAGAAAUUAUGACUUUAAUGCAGGAAACUGAUGCCAAACAGAGUAAGAACAAGCUGCAAAACAGCACCCAGCAUUACAUGAUGAACAGAAGACUAUAGUGCACUGUGCCUGUUCAUACGGAAGUAUUCCUCAACAUUCCUUUUUGGAUGCCAAACAGAGUAAGAACAAGCUGCAAAACGGCACCCAGCAUUACAAGACGAACAGAAGACUAUAGUCUGGAUUCUUGGUAACAAAUGAUUCGCAAAAAAACAGGGAGGGACAGAGCUUAGAGAGUGUUUUCAUACUCCAUGAAAGUAUGGCUACAGCAAGUCAACCGGCAGAACUUCCUCUUCAAGUAGAGGAGUGGACGAGAGAGCAAGUUUAUCACUGGCUGACUGAGGUGAUUAAAGUGGAUAAAAAACAUGCAGACAAGCUGUACGAGGAAGAAGUAUCCGGGGAAGAACUCGUCUGUUACCAGCCCAAACAUCUGAAGGAACUUGGUAUUAAGCAUGGUCCAGCUGUUAAGAUUAUAACCCGGUUAGAGACGUUAAAGAAAGAACAACAAGAAACAUAUUUUUCUGACAAUAUUUAUAAACAGCACACAGAGGCCAGGCUAGACACCACAGUGGGAAAAGAAGACAGCAUUUCAACAGAUCAAACACAGAUAGCUAAAAAUGGCAAGAAAUCAAAGAGGAAAUCACACAAAAAAGAAAAUACAGUUCUUAAAAGUGCUAAUUCCACAGACAAAUUAAUUCAAUCGGGAAAAGAUUCAAUGGAUAACAUCUCCAAAAGCACACCGAAAGAAGACCCACAACUAAAUGCACCUGUAAGCGAACUCCCUUCACAAAACAAAAACAUUCCACUUUCAGGAACUUUUAGUUGUACAUCUUCACAAGAAAUUGAACCAACAGAGUCAGCUGACUCUAAAACUUCAAACAUUAAUGCUCAUAAAGUAGUAGACAAGGAAAAGCACAUGAGGAGGUCUAGAUCCAUACAGCAGUCAUGUAGUCUCUAUCCAUUUGAUCAGAACUCUGCUUCUCAUCGAUAUAUACAAAACUACACUUUACCACCAGAGACAGGACCAGGUAAUCUGACUGAUCCAGUUCAAGAGUACAAGUUUAUGGGCAGAACAGAUGACAUUGAUGUGAUAAAGAAGAAGUUCUUUGGAGCAAAGAAGAAGAUCCACUUUGGUGUAGCAGACUCCAAAGAUUCUCAAUAUGCUCAUGGUGAGAUUAUUGGGGUCAGUGUAGACAAGAAGGACACUAUCAUUGAUCACUUUAACCAGGGCUUUAAAUCAUGCUUUGACGAACACACAGAUGAAGCAAAGCAAUGCAUCAGACAACCACGCUUUGUUGAAGUUCUCUGCCCUGACGGCACUCUAUCUGGCAAAUAUGUCAUAGAAGUGGAUGUUGUUCCAUCCCACAGCAUAGUUCAUAGCUAUCUGUUUUAUAUCCAGACACUGGAUGAGGAAAAUCAAUGGAAAAAGAGCAAAGAAAAAUCACUUUUCAUCAGAGAGGGGGCUGCGACCCGGGAUAUCUGUAAAAUUGGUAAUCCAAGAGAAUUUCAAUCUGAAAUGGCCCGAAUAAAUAAAAAAGUAAAUGUUCUGGACAACAUGAGGAAAGAGGCAGAAAAGAGGCCUCUAAGCAAAGGAACAUCCAACCAGGGGGAAAAGCUGAAGAACCUGUUGACAUACGGAGGAAGCAGACUGGAUCAUUAUGAUUACUAUAUCAUUGUAACAAACAAAAGUCACCCUGAACAACUCCAGCAUCUUCAGUUCAUGACAACACUGAAACUGUUUUGUGUAUUGGACUUUGAUCCGAACUCUGUAGUAAAUGGGUCAUGCCACAACUACAGAGAUGUUCGGAUUGCAAAUCUUCACAAACCAAGUCAGUUCCAUGGAGAUCCAGGGACAAUAGUUAAAAACCUUAACUUAUACAAACAAACAAGCUGGGUAUUUUGUAAUGGCAGAGAAGAUCUCAACACUGAAUCUGACAGACCACUUCAAUCAAAUGAAUGGUUAAAACACAAAGCUGGAGAGGUACAAGACAUGAUUUCAUUCCUCUGCAACAAAGACACUCUUCCAAGAGGACGAUUUCUAGUCAUAUUCCUCCUACUCUCCACUGUUGAGGCCUCAGUCGAUCCAAUUUUUGACACAUUCAUGUCAUUUUAUAAAAACCUUGGGGGUGCAGAAAACACAUUAAGUAUUUGCACUUCAGAUACGUCCUUUCAAAAAUGGAGGGAUUUCAUUCAAGCCCGAUGUGAUGAUGACAUCAGUCAGCGGAGCAUAUAUGACCUGGAGCUCAGUGAAAUCAAUGGGACAAUACUGAAACUGUGCCAGAACAAGCAAAAUGCUCAAAGACUUCUUCCAUCUGCUGAGGGAAGUUCAGUGAUUCUCCAAAAGAAAGAUGAGGAUCUUAUGACAUCCCUUGAUAUCCUGUGUGAAAAUGAAUGUGAAAACGAAUACGAUGAGAGCUCUGCAGAAUUUGAAGAGUUCAAAAUUAAAACCGAGUCUGAGUUCUAUAGAGGAGGCAAAGUGAAAUGGUGGAACUUCUAUUUCUCAGAGCAACCUGCAGCAAAGCCAUUCAUAAAACGAGACAAACACUCAAAACUAGAGAGUAGUAUCAGAUCUCAGAACAAAAAUUGCAAAAGUUCCUGUGUCACAGUGAAUCUCUUUCAUCUCCCAGGGUGUGGCGGCACCACCAUGGCCAUGCAUGUGAUGUGGAAUCUGCGAAAAGAUUUCCGAUGUGCAGUGCUGAAAGACAACACCAUUUCAAAGGAAGAAGUAGCCCAAGAUGUUACUCAUCUGAUUAAGUGUGGAAAAAGUGAGAAUUCAUUAAAAACACCAGUCCUGCUAUUAGUGGAAGACUCAGAGGAAACAGAAAACACUCAAGUACUCAAGCACUCAUUGAGGACAAUCACAGGAGAAACAGGGGCAACUGUCAUCAUCUUAAACUGCAUACGUACAAAAACCCCACAAGACAGACACAACAAAAGUGUAGACCAGAGUGAGUUCAUUACAGCAAAGCUAUCUGACAAAGAAAAAUUAGCUUUUGAAAUGAAGCUUAAAGAACUUCAAGAAAUAAAGUCUUUCACAACUGAGAACUUCUACAGUUUUAUGAUCAUGAAAACUAAUUUCGACCCAGAGUAUGUUGCAAAUGUUGCAACUAACAUUCUGAAAGAUUUCACAGUUUCAGAGAGUAAACAAACACGUCUCUUCUGCAUUCUGGCUUUGCUGAAUUCAUAUGUGGCUGAACCAGCUGUCUCGAGAUCUAUAUGUGAAGAUUUUCUGAGCAUCAAGAGUGUAUUUUGGGGAAGAGAGUCUGUGCUGGAAGAGAUGGAGCCCUACUCCUGUUUGUUGAUUGAAUUUGGGGCAGAAGAAUAUGGGGGAUUCAAAGCAAUUCGCUUUGUUCAUCAACAUCUUGCAACAGAAUGUGUCAAACAACUAGAGAACACACAUAACUGCUCCAGAGCGGACAUAGUUCUUGACAUGCUGCAUUGUGAUGCCUUUUUCAAAACUUUUGCAGUGAAGGACGUUCUUGUACAAUCAAUGAAAAGCAUGCUGAUCACUCGUCAACGCAAGACAGAAGGUGAUGAGAAAGACACCCUGUUUUCACCACUGAUAGAAGACAUAAACUCCAGAGAAGAUGGUCUGAAUAAAAUACAAAAGAUUUUUAUUGCAGCUUCGGAAAGGUUUGAUAAAGACUUCACAAUUCCUCAAGCUCUAGCAAGACAUCUGUACCUGAAAGAGAAGAACUUUGCUGAAGCUAAAAGGUGGGCAGACAUUGCAAAAGCCAUCAAAGAAAACUCCUACACUGUAGAUACAGUUGGACAAGUUGCAAAAACUGAAUUAAAAAACAAACUAGAGUGUAAAAAACAAGAGAAUAAACCAUGCACAGCUGAAGACUUGAGUGAGUAUCUUGAGUUAGCAAGCACAGCCACCAAAGCAUUCAGAAAAGCUCAAACCUUGGCAAAGACCGAUGAUGCCCUAGAAAUUGAACAGGAACUUCACAGAAAGUUAAGCCCUUAUAACAUAUCUGGGUACAUGGGUGAAAUCGACACAGCCAUGACUGUUUUUGACAUCAUCAAAAAACUGCCAUUGUUUAAGAAAUGUGAUCCAAUGAAAGAUCAUUACAUCCAGAGCUUUCUCAAAGGAAAUCUGCCCUGCACCAAUAUCCCAGUUUGGGAAAACAAAUCCAAUCAUGAAUUUGUUGCUGUUCUGCAGAACUAUGAAUCUUUCCUUACAUCUUUAAAAUCACAGGUGAAAGAGGCAUUUGAUUUCCUUGAAAUUUACUUCACUUACAUGAAAGAAAAGGGAUCUGACAAUAUGAGAGAUGCAAAGACUCGCAAGAGGAUCUCAGAACACUACCAAUACUACAUCUCAUUAUUCUGCACCUCUCCAGAGGACGAACAAAAAGAGAAAAAGCAGAAACCAACACUGAGUUUGAAUAUGGAGAUUGAAGAGUGCAGAAUGUUCCUCGAGAAAAACAGGGCUGAUACAUUCCCAGGCCUUCUCCAGGUAUUGGAGCCCAAAAAAGUGUCAGUAGAACAGAUUGCUGAAAAAUACUCAUUCAUUUAUAAGAAUUCUGCCAUCAAAACUACAAAGGACAAAACAAAUCAUCUGCUUGCACACUUAAUCCUUCAGCUGAUUUGCUCAAAAUCAAAGUUAGCCAAAUCCACAGAAGAACUCAAUGAUCUUUUAAAAGAAAUUUUGCAAGAUGUUGGUACACAGCACCAAUACCCAGAGCCUUUCUACCUUGCAAUCCUUUUGCUCUGGCCAGGAAAAAAUGUCAGCAGCACUGGCAUUAAGACAUAUGUUGAUAAAAUCAGAAGCUCAGCAAGAAAGAAUCUUUCCCAUAUGUACCGUACAAGGUCAACCAUUGCACACUUCUUCCUGGGGACAUCUGAUGGAAUACAGAGGCUGGUGACUAAAGUUUCCCUUGACAGAUCUGAGAGUGUCAGUAAUGUUAAGAAUCGCAACAUUCUCUGGCAAACAGGAGAAAUUUUUAAGGAAACCCCAAUAAAUAGCAAGCUCCUAAGAGUGAGAGGUACAAUUGAACAAGGUGAGGUGUUCACAGAGUAUGGAAAUCUCAAGAUCCCAUUGCGCCCUGCAUUUCUAGGUGGAGUGAGAAGUGGCUACAGCACAGAGAAUGUGUCCUUCUACAUCGGCUUUGCCAUGGAUGGACCGCUUGCUUACGACAUUCAGUACGAAGACGACAGAUAGAUCACUAUUUUUAAACAUUUAACCACACUUAACUAGAAAGCAGAAAAAACACAUUGUGGAUGAAAUUACAAUAAUAAAAUAAUAAAUAAAUAGUGUGAUUAAUGUUGAUUAAUCAUCUUGUCUUUAUAAGCCUUCAGUUUCUCUCUGUUAUACAUUCAGGACUGAUGUUCAUUUAAUGGUACAUGUUUGUUGAUGCUAUUUAUCGUUCCUUUUCUUUAUGUUGAAGUUGGAAUUAAAGACCCUAAACGUUACUCCUUCGUUGUGUGCUUUCUACAACCACAAACCACAUACUGUGACACAUUUAUGCUGAUUUGAGAUGUUUGUA